UUGUCCAGUAGGAAAUGGAAAUGGAUUAGAAACAUAAAGAGUGCGUGUUAGUCUCUAUGAGAAGGCGGAGUUUUCUGCUCGGGGUCCUGAGCCAAACCGGUGUUAUGUAACGGAUACUUCUCAGCCUGAUGUGGAGUUACCCGAAAGUUUACAGGCAGCGACUCAAGUCGAUAGUUUGAGCCGUGCGCCUGCAGAUCUAUGGCUGAACAGUGUCAAGAAAAUUGGCCUUCUGAUUUUUAGCCAAAGAACUGUCUCAUAAACGUAGACCUAACUGAGAAGUGACCUUAAACGCUGCCGGAUCAAGCCUUUGUUGGUUAAUAUUCAACUCUGGGAGCUCUGGUGUGCCAGGAGAGGAGUCUGGAAAUGGGACUUUGCAUUUAGAUUUUGAAAGCAGUCAGACGGACAUGGGCAGCGGAACAAGCCGAGGGAAGAAAGUUGCACCUGCGUGUGUCAGCGAGGUGAACAUGACCAACACAGCUGCUGGCACUACAGCCAAGAGGGACAACCGUCCGUUCAAGCCUAUCAAAAUCCAUGCAAUUUUGCGCAACGCGCGCAACCGCGCGCACCCGGACUGCCACAGCGAAGGACACGAUUCUGACUUUUCCAGGGAGGACGAUGACAUUGAUGGAGAGUUGGACACAGUUCUAGCAGAUUACGAGGAGCGAGGAGGGGCUGCCGUGAAGAAAAAUCCACCCAAGAAGACUGUCAUCAGAUCCAAAACAUACGGACUGUGUCACUUCAGUCAGGAGGACGACGAGGAGUCCAGCUCAGAGGAGCCACGUGGCCCGGACGGUGGAUCAAGAGUUGUAAACAAGAGGAGCAAUGAUGCUUUCACACACUUUAAAAAACACACACCUGCACCCCCAAGUCAGCACAGUGGCUUUUUGACAAGAGGGGCUUUGUUGGAAGUUGUUCCCACACCGGAGAAACAAACCUGCCAUACCUCCUCUCUCACCAUGCCAGUCAUCCUGUACGAUGGAUCAGAAGAAGAGCUGAUGGACACUAUUGAGAGGGAGUUUAGUUGACCCCCAGCUGAGAAAGCUGCUGUCCUUUUCAGCUGUCUUCAUCCGAUACAGCAAGUUGCAGAAGAAACUUUAAAAAGGGAGCCAGGGUUGUUUUUUGACAUUUCCCUGCUAGUAAGGAAGACAAUACUUUCACUGUACUUAAGCAGGGAUAAAUUCUGGAUAAAUGUAACGUUGUUUGUGUUGAACUGAAACUGCUACACUCCAGUCACCUAAUUCUUAUUUAACAACAUGAAGCGGUGUAAUCGCAGAGUUUUAACAGCAACUUGAACAGGCGCCAAACGGUUUUCCACACGGUCCAGGUGCACUAUCUGCAGUGUCACUGUCACAAGGUGUCAUCCCCCCGACCCCCCCGGGCAGGUCCCCCACAGAGAGCACACCUACUUGUUCCUUAGCUAUUGCUUUAUUUUAGCCUGUCUGUUAAUGGGUAAAGGAGAGAGCACAGGUACUUCUCUGGUUGUUGACACUCAGCAGUUAAGGCACAUUCUUGCCUGCUAUGUGCAAAGACAACAUUUUCCACCACCAGCAGUUUUCUGCAGGCAAUACGCAAUAUAGUAUCUAGUUUUCUGUAUAAAUGAAAACCCUACAAAGGUAUGUGCUGGGGUUGUUUACUUAAGGUCUCCUUCCUGACCGCAGUUCCUACACCUCUCCACCCUUACGAAGAAGGAAUGUGUGACAACAGAGACCUGCAGUCAGGGCUCACUUUUACUUAAGAUUCAGCCGUAUUGAGGCUUAGACCUGCUGCCACUUAGUGGUGGAGCACAGUAGUUGAAUGCGCAAACUCGAACAUUUAUGCGAGCGCUGCAUGUGUUGGCAGACUGCACUUGUCACUGUUUAACAAAAGGUUCAAACAGAAGAACAGAGGGAGGGUGUUGUGUUUUUGUUUUAUAUUUCAAAUAAAAUUUGGUGUAUUUCUGA